GCUGAGUUCCACCGUCCUGCGGCUGAGCGAUAAUUCAGAGACAAAUACUGAAGCCGUCCUCCUCCCUGCAGCAGCAGUCAGUCCUCCUCAUCAUGGCAUCUGGAGCUUUGUUCCCCAGCAUGGUGUCUGGGUCCCGCGGCUCCUCCAGCAAGUACCUGGUGGAGUUUCGAGCCGGUAAAAUGACCAUGAAGGGCAGCACAGUGACCCCGGACAAACGCAAAGGUCAAGUCUACAUCCAGCAGACCGACGACUCCCUCAUCCACUUCUGCUGGAAGGAUCGGACGACCGGGAACGUGGACGAUGAUCUGAUCAUCUUCCCUGACGAUUGUGAGUUCAAACGGGUGAACCAGUGCACUACUGGGAGAGUUUAUGUGCUGAAGUUCAAGGCUGGAUCCAAAAGACUCUUUUUCUGGAUGCAGGAACCAAAGACUGACAAGGAUGAGGAGUACUGCCGUAAAGUGAACGAGUAUCUGAACAACCCGCCCAUGCCUGGAGCUCUUGGCAGCGGCGGCAGCGGAGGACACGAUCUGUCUGCACUGGGAGGUGAAGGUGGUCUCCAGAGUCUUCUGGGUAACAUGAGCCACAACCAGCUCAUGCAACUCAUUGGACCAACUGGCCUGGGUGGGAUUGGUGGUCUGGGAGCGCUGGCUGGUCCAGGCUUGGCCAACCUUUUGGGCAGCAGCAGCAGCAGCAGCAGCGUUCCUGCAGCCAGCAACUCCUCCACAAGUCCGUCCACGGCCGUCACCCCGACCUCCACCUCUGCCGCCAGCCGGCUCGGCUCAUCCCAGGUGCCCACCACCCCCAUCACUCCCUCCGCCACCUCGGCCGCCUCCCCCACAGCCACCACCCCCUCCACCCCCGCCGUGUCCUCCCUGGCGGCUGGAGCGGCCAACCCCACACAGCCCAUCCAGCUAAGAGACCUGCAGAGCAUCCUGGCCACCAUGAACGUCCCUGCCAGCAGCCAGGGAGUGGACCUGGCCAGUGUCCUGACGCCUGAGAUCAUGGCUCCCAUCCUGGCCAACCCCGAGGUGCAGCAGAGGUUGAUGCCAUAUCUUCCCUCUGGAGAAUCUCUGCCUCAGAGCUCCGAGGAGCUUCACAACACGCUCAGCUCGCCUCAGUUUCAGCAGGCUAUGAGCAUGUUCAGCAGCGCUCUGGCGUCCGGGCAGCUCGGCCCUCUAAUGAACCAGUUCGGUUUGCCUGCGGAGGCUGUCGAUGCGGCGAACAAAGGAGAUGUGGAGGCUUUUGCCAAAGCCAUGGAGACGGAGACGAAGCCGGACCAGGACGGCGACUCCAAAGACAAGAAGGACGACGACGAAGACAUGAGUUUGGACUAAGUGCUCUUUAAAGAAAACUACCAAUAUUAUUAUUUAACGUAUUUAUUUAGCUGCUUCUGCUGUUUUGUUACGAUCACACAUUAAGGAUAAAGAUUAUGGUUAAUAGGCUACGAGAUGCGAUCAAAAAGUUCUGACACUGGUUACCGGACCAUGCAAUGCAACAAGUGCAUGCAGUAGCUGUCACGAGUCAAGACUCUGUGCAAUGUUGUGCAAUUAGCAUGAGGACAUGUAUUAUGAGUGUUUUUGUGACCACUGAUUCCACAAUGGCCCUCAAACUGGAGCAGACAUCACAUUCUAUGUCGGUCAAGAGCCUGUGAUUAGCCAACCUUUAUGUCAAGGAUCAUCAGUGGUGACAAGAGGUGGGUCUGCAGCUGCCACCAGGAGACUACAGGGCUGUCUUUGCAGUCUUUAGGACAGAAGCAUGUGUGGCAGGUCAGGAAGACACCAAAAGCAUGCUCGUCACUUUAUUAGACAAGAUAAAGUUUGACUGAAACAUCUAGAAGAUUUGGUACAAACAUCCUGAGCUGUGGUAUGAUGCUGAUGGCAUUCUGGUGCUCAAGGUAUUUUAGCUGCAAAAACACAAUUAGCGCUCCCUCUCGUCCUACUCACCACAAAAAGUUGAAGGGUUGCCAUUUUGAUAAAGCUUCAGUGGCCACUGCAAAGGAUGCUAGACAUGCUUCUCAUGAUUGUUUCGAAUGUGGCAGGAGCCUGGGAAGCAGUGCAUCACUGCACAAGAAAGCUUCAUAGGGGAUGGCAGCCAACUGAAACAGCCUUUGCUUUUAAGCCACAGAACCUUUUGAUCGCACCUCGUGUAUUAAAAACUAUGAGUCUAAACUAAUAGUGCUGUGUUGAAUUAACAUCUCCUGAUUGAAUAAACAUGUGUUCUACCUGCAUGUCACCUACUAACCUGUCCUGUCCUGACUAAAGGGAACAGUAAAGUGAUAGAAACAGA